AUGGAGACCAACCGUGCGGCCAAACGCCUCUGGCUGGCUCUCCGACCUCCGGGCUGCAUCCUGUGUCCAACAGGAAUGCCUCAGCAGAAGCCCCUCACGGUGCGUGUUUCUCAGCCCUGCUGCGGGCUGCUGGUGCCUACAGGAGAACGGGGCUGUCGGGCUCUCCUGUACUCAGACGGAGCGGCUCCUGCAGGCGCUGUGUCGUUCAGCGUCAAGCACACGGCUGGGGUUCAAGUUGAAGUUGUUACCGAUGACCAAUCACAGGAGGUCCCCCCAGAUGGCGGGAAGCAGUGGCCUCUGGACCCGGGGACAGUCCUGAAGCUCAGCAUGAGUAAAGCCAGCGCCGAGGCCAAUGACAACAAGGUAACCGUCAACUACUACGGCGAGGAUGGAGGGCCUCCCAUCGACCAAGCUGGGGUCUUCCUGACAGGCAUUGGGAUUUCUCUGGACGUGGACGCAGACCGCGAUGGAGUGGUUGAAAAGAACAACCCCCGGAAGGCUUCCUGGACGUGGGGGCCAGACGGGCAAGGAGCCAUCCUGCUGGUGAACUGCGACAAAGACAACCCUUUGAUCUCUGCGCUGGAUUGCAAUGAUGAAAAAAUAUUCAGGAAAGAAGAUUUGCAGGACAUGUCUCGGAUGAUCUUGAGAACCGAAGGCCCCCAAAGACUUCCUGCUGGGUAUGAAAUGGUUCUCUACAUUCCUAUGUCUGACUCGGACAAAGUCGGAGUCUUUUAUGUGGAGAAUCCUUUCUUCGGUCAGCGUUACAUCCAUGUCCUGGGCAGGCAGAAGCUGUAUCAUGUGGUGAAAUACACAGGAGGAUCGGCAGAGCUGGAGUUCUUUGUGGAGGGCCUCCGCUUCCCAGAUGACACCUUCUCUGGGCUGGUCUCCAUCCAUAUCAGCCUUCUAGAGUCGUUAACUGAGGGAAUCCCCCGAGCUCCGAUUUUCACAGACACGGUCGUUUUCCGAGUGGCUCCGUGGAUAAUGACUCCAAACACCUUGGCACCGGUGAACAUUUUCGUGUGCAGUGUGAAGGAUAAUUAUCUGUUCCUGAAGGAGGUGAAGAGUUUAGUGAGCAAAGCAAGCUGCGACCUGAAGGUCUGCUUUGGGUACAUGAACCGUGGAGACCGCUGGAUGCAGGAUGAAAUCGAGUUUGGCUACAUACAGGCUCCUCACAAAUGCUUCCCUGUGGUUCUGGACUCUCCCAGAGAUGGGGGUCUGAAGGACUUUCCCAUCAAAGAGAUUCUGGGCCCAGAUUUUGGCUACGUGACCAGGGAGCCUCUGUUCGAGGUCGUCACCAGUCUCGACUCCUUCGGCAACCUGGAAGUCAGCCCUCCGGUGACUGUCAACGGGAAGGCGUAUCCCCUGGGGAGGAUCCUCAUUGGAAGCAGCUUCCCCACAUCGGCUGGGAGGAGGAUGACCAAGGUGGUGAGAGACUUCCUCUAUGCUCAGCAAGUCCAGUCGCCUGUGGAGCUCUACUCUGAUUGGCUGACCGUGGGCCACGUGGAUGAAUUUGUGACCUUCGUGCCCCUCCCUGACAAAAAGCAAUUCCGAAUGCUCAUGGCCAGUACAUCGGGCUGCUACAACCUCUUCCGAGACAAGCAGAAGAUGUUCAAAGGUUAUUCUGGGACGGACACAAAACGGGUCACCAUUAACAAGGUCCUGUCCAAUGAGGUCAUGGUGCAGGAGAACCAGUACGUACAGCGCUGCAUUGACUGGAACCGAGACAUCCUCAAGAAGGAGCUGGGGCUGACAGACAAAGACAUCAUCGACCUCCCUGCGCUCUUCAAGAUCGACAAGCUGGGCAAAGCUAUGGCCUAUUUCCCCAACAUGGUGAACAUGAUUGUCCUCUCCAGAGACCUGGGAAUCCCGAAGCCAUUCGGGCCGGUCAUCGAUGGAGACUGCUGCUUGGAAGUCCAUGUCCGCUCUCUGCUCGAGCCCCUCGGGCUGAUGUGCAGCUUCAUUGACGACAUUUCCUCCUACCAUAAGAUGCUGGGGGAGGUCCAUUGUGGCACCAAUGUCCAUCGCAAGCCCUUCUCCUUCAAGUGGUGGCAUGUGGACCCCUAGCCCCCUGCGGGUGGAGAGUCCUGCACUCGGAGCUCCCUUGCAGGUUCCGUUUUUUGUGGGUUGGCUGCUUGCUUGAGGUUGGUCAAAUGACUCUCUAGAACUUGGGUACGGAGUCUCAGUGCCGUGCUUUGGCAGCCCUGUGUGUGAUGUGUUUCGCCCAUUAGGGGGAAAGUCUUCCAGCCAAGUGCCAUUCUAGUUUGCAUGCUGCAGCUCCCAGCCCAGUCCAUCCUGGGCUUUCUCAAGCCUUUGGAGGUCAUGGCAGCUGGAGGCUGAACUGAUCAGGGGCAUUAUACCAUAGAGACCAUGGUAACAAAAGCCAUCUGGUGGCAGUGAUUUGUGAUCAUGAUAAUAAAGUGGAAAACGCGUGGAAA